CGUUCCCUCCACCACCCCUCCGCAGAACGGCCUGGGGACAGAGUUUGGUGGUGCUUUGUUUUGGUGCUGGUGGGCAGGGCCUUCGGAUUCAGGGGCUGGAACAAAAUGGCUCAGCCACCACAUCCAACUCUUACCCACCCCGACAGAAGCGUCCCCAGGUCAGGUAGAUGGAGUGGGGCAGUGCGUGGCAGUAGAGUUAGCAGGAGUAUCCGGGGCUGACUCCGCAGAGGCCAAAGGAACCCCAAAACGACUUCAUGUCUCCAACAUCCCCUUCCGCUUCCGAGACCCUGACCUCAGGCAGAUGUUUGGGCAAUUUGGGAAGAUUAUUGAUGUUGAGAUCAUUUUCAAUGAGAGGGGCUCAAAGGGCUUUGGCUUUGUCACGUUUGAGACCAGCGCCGACGCGGAGAAAGCCCGGGAAAGGCUUCACGGCACGCUAGUGGAAGGUCGCAAGAUAGAGUCUCCACGGUAACCACUCGCGUGUCCUCACGCUGUUUCUUCGGCAACGGUUAACAAUGCCACGGCCAGGGUGAUGACCAAUAAGAAGAUGGUCAGCCCCUACCCCAACGGAGAGGCCCUUAGCACCCUGCCAUAUGCAGGAUGGAAGCUAAGCCCAAUGGUGCAGGCCAUGUACGGACCAGAGCUCUAUGCAGUUCCGGGGUUCCCCUACCCGUCUGCGGCAGCGGCAGCCUCCACGGCAGCUGCGUUCCGUGGUGCCCACCUUAGGGGCCGGGGAAGGCCAGUGUACGGCGCUGUGCGUGCGGCGGUGCCGCAGCCUGCCCUCCCUGCCUACCCUGGCGUGGUGUAUCAGGAUGGUGGGUUUUAUGGAGCUGCAGACUUAUACGGAGGCUAUCCUGCCGCUGCCUAUCGCUUUGCUCAGCCUACUGCUGUAACCGGGGCAACUGCUGCCGCGGCAGCUGCUGCUUACAGUGACAGUUAUGGGCGAGUGUACACUACAGAUCCCUACCACGCUCUAGGUCCUGCUGCAGCUGCCUAUGGAGUCGGUGCCAUGGUAAGAGCCCCCCAGCCGCAACACUACAACAACAGGCUGGAAACUGAGUUAUCUUCACUUUAUGCUAGUUUAUAUCGGGCUGGAUACAGUAGGUUUGCGCCGUACUAAACAGCACUCGCACCAUGGAAUUCCACAUUUCUGAACCUCUUCAUUUGGGAAGAGCUCCCCUCCAUUUUCUACGGGUGGUAGUAUUAACCCAUGUGUUUUGGAAAAAGGUCAUCCACUCAAGAUAAACUCAACUGUAACUUGGCUUGCUUCAACGGUCACACUCAGUGACAUAGUAAUGAACGAAUGAAAACUGCCUGUGAAUUUCAAGACUGGCAACAAUAACUGAAGACAACUGUGGGAAGAACAAGAAUGGUUCCAUAAAAAACACUAUUGGACAUGAAUGGAGAAAUUGCUGCCCACCAGUAACUUUUUACACUACAUCACUACAAACCUUUGCUCCUAAUAAAUAGUCUGUGGUAAUAAUUCUCAAAUGUAAAAUGCACACAUAUGUACACAGCUCAAUGUGUUAGUACGACCUAAAAGUAGGCCAUCACUAGCCUAAAAUCUUAGGUCCUUUAUAUGAAACACUACAUUGACAACCUGCCCAGUGGUGGAAUCCCAUCAGUUAAACAAUGUUAUCCAAGUUGUUUUUUAAAGAACCUGUUCAACAAAAAGGUGAAUGAAGAAAUGCAAAAGUAGCAAAAAGUCCAUAAUCUGAACUACAAAAGCUGAGCGACAGCUGUUGCUCUGAAAAUGAUUUAGAGAAAUCCAAACAGUCUACCAUUACAUUACACCACCAACCCAACUGUAAAGGACAAAAAAAGAUAAACGGUGUGAAAUGACAAGGAAAAAGAAACAAAAUGACUUGUUUUUGUUCUGCAUUACCUCAGUUUUUCUUUUCUAUAAUUGUCUAUGAAAAAGCAUUGCUUAAAAUGAUUAUUGUUAUAUAAUGUGGAUGCAAUGAAAUUACAUCCACUAUCAUCAUAAUUUUCCCAUUUUCCAGUUGAUUAAUACUGUUAUUGCUGGUCUAAGUAUGAUGAUGAUGAUUCUUACUGUAGUUGAAACUAUAAUGACACAUCUUUUGAUCUGUAUCAUGUAUCCUUACUAUUAUAUACCUACAUUGUCUUCAUUUUUCCUUUUGAGAAUAUUGUGCAACCCAACUCCUUAUACAUGUUCUCUUUACUAGACUAUAUGACAUUCCAGGUGUAGCAUCAGAAUGGUGACUGAACGGGGUAAAAACAUUGAAAGUGUCUGGGCAUAGUUAACAUGCUGUAGAAACCAGUCAUGCAAGGUGGACCCAGCUAUUUACAGAUAAGAAUGGAAUUCUUAGGGGUUUGAGGGAACAAACCAGAUGGUAGGAAACAUGAGAGUUACAAACACUACAAGUUGAUGUUACUUUUGGUUUCACCAUUUUUAAUAUAUAUUUUUUGUCAAAUUGACACAAAUACAGACACGCGGGAAGUGAAACAACAUAAUGUUCACCCAAUGCAAUCUUCCUUGUCUUUGGGAAUGUUCUAGUCCAGUAUGUAUUAAAGUCACUGCCUCAAUGCUACUUUAAGGUACAGGAAGUGACCUACAAAAAUAUAUAAAUAGUCUUUGACCUAUUAUGUAUCUCCAUAUACUCCGGAUAUGUUAUUGCUAUCGUUUGUCUUUUGGUUCCAAAGAUUCUCUAAAAGCACAUUUGUUGGUCAAGUGUACACAUUUUAUUAUACUUUUUCUGAUUGUUCUUGCUGUUAUUUUAGCUCUUUUUCUAUUUUAUGGUGGGUUCAAAGUGCUCCCUUUCAGUUUGCUGAUGCUGGUGUUUUAAAAGCACCGUGUCCUAGAAAAUAUUAUCUGAGAAGUGGAGAGGGAAGAUAGGGGCAAACAUGAAUUUAUUUACAUAAUUUUAUAGCAACAGAUUAAUAAACUUAAAAUCCCCAAAAUACAUUUGGGAACUGGCAAAGUUGGUCUUUUAAAACAUAGCUGCUGAAUGUGCCGAGGGCUUUUGAUGAAGUGGUCCCAGGCAGAUGAUAACCCAACAUUUUACACUGCCUUAAAUAUAACAUUUAGGAGUCCACAGUAGACUUGAGAGGGGAAUUUGGCAUUUUGAUAGAGAAUAAAUGUCAGACUAGAGUGAGUGUGAUGAUGAAACAAAGUGUUCUAUUCCACACCAUUUUAAAGAGCCCCCUCCCACAUGCCUCCUUUUUCCAUUUGGGAGUGAGUGUAGUUCAGGAUCAGUUGUAGGGUGGAGGACCCAGGUAGAGAGCUGAGCCAUAAACCGCCUGUUGACAUGAUGAUUACCAUGUUACUAGCUGUGUUAUCAGGCCUGGAGGGAUGCAUACAGUUGCAUUAGUUAUUCUGUUGAGUAUUUAUGCCAUGAUAUCAUGACAAUACGAAUUUUGAACUUCUCUUAAAAAGUAUUAAGUAUCAGUAUGCAUGUUUCUGUGAGAAGGACAGGGUCAAAUGUCAUUUAAUUUGUUGCAUGAAUCAAAACAAUUUCUAUGGAAAGGAGGCUAUGUGAAAUAUGAAGGCAGGAUCGAGAGGGGUUUCAACAUAGUCCACUUGAGUUUGUUUCUAGUUGAGGGGGGGGGAAUAAUGUUAUGUAAAAUACUGCCUGUUUUAAGUUUAUGCCUGUGUUAUCUAUGUUCUUCUGUGGUCAUGGUAUCAUUUGAAUUACCAGUUAUAUCUCUUAGUUCAAUUUUAAUUUGGAAUGUUGAACCCCUGCAGUUUUUCCUUUUGAAGUAUGUUAAGUAACCAAUGAUGUUGUCCCACCAUGCACACAGCAGUCCAGCACAGACUGAACUGUUGUUUCCAAUGCCUUGCAUUGUAGCACAAGACUGCUCUAUGGCACAGCAACUGACCAUCCCUCCAUAAUCUUCCACUCGUUACCCAGCAGUGGAGACUCCCAUGUGCCCUCUCACGGCUGCUGUGAUCACCUUAGACCCAGAUGUGUGUCCGACUUACCCCUGCACUGUGCUGAAGUCAACCUAGUGGGAGUUGUUGGACAGGGAUUUCAUGAGUUGGAAUUGCAUGUGCCUUUUUUGUUUUCACAUGUGCAUUGCUAAGCUCAUUGAUCCAAGUGAUAUUUUUUUAAUUUUCUUCAAGUGGCUUGUAUUUCUCUUCAUUUUUUCCAUCUUCAUGUUUGCCUUCUAUUUCCUGUCAUUGUUAUUGAAUGUACAUAAUAAACGGUUUGGUUUUUAUACUC